AUGAACCAACAUGACGUGAGCCCGAAGCAACAGGAUUUCACGGGAGCCGAUGCUUGCAGUUUCAACGCAUACUUCGGCGACCCACUGCUGUGGAUGAAACCCACAAAUCCUGUUCAAGCGCCGGCGCUCUUUUUCUCCUCGCCGAGUUUGGACACAAAUCCAAAUCUCCUGGCGGCUGCAGCAGAGGAGAAUAUGAAUUUGUAUUCUUUUGCAAACAACUUUUUGAUGGCGCUGCCGCCGACGUCUCCGGCUCCGGAACUUUCCGACAGCGACCGUGUCGCCAUCGCCAACAUGAGCCAGCAACUUGCCCUGGCUGAGGCCCACGCUGUAAGCGCCCCAGGAACGUCGUUGUUUUUGCAGCUGGGCGACUUCCCCACAACCAACUUGUUGAUGGGGUAUCUUGACAGCCCGAGCACUUUCACCUGUGGCCGCAACAGUUUCGACACACACAGCCUCGAUAUGAGCAGUGUGUCGGAAUCCAUCCCGCUGAAUUCUACUCUGCGUAAUACGUCUUUGGCGGAGGCAAGUCGCAGCAGGCAGAGCAGCGGCUACCGCAAGAGCUUAGACAGCCCAAACUUUGGUCCACCUUUGCAUAGCUCGGGAAGCUUUCCUCUUCUGAACAAAAGUACGGCGAAUAUGCGUCGCACGCAUUCGCAGGACCUGGAGCAUUUCUACAAUUCCAAGCUGUACUCUGUUCAUUCGGCUCCCAGCAACUCACCAGCAUCGCACAUGUUCCGCUCGGGAGUUGCCGUUUCGGACAGCAGCCUCUCGAAACGAACACCCGAGGGCACAUUGGCUACGACGCCAACCGCAGACGCGUGGGGCAAUAUGCUUUCAGGCGACAUGUGCACACCGCACGAUGCAUCAGCGUUUCUGCCGCUGAGCGAUACAAGCCCCGGGUUGAGUAAAGAUAAGGCUUCGCAAGACAAUCGCUGUCCCGACCCUACUUGUGCAUAUGCGUCUCAGACAUUCAAAUUCCGCUGGCUUUUACGACGCCACAUUUGUAAUGACCACCUUAAAGAGUACAACAACGAGCGCAACGCCCAAGGUAAGCGUGACGUGGACGACAUGACCAUGAAUUUUCUCGCCUUCGUAUACGUGUGCCCAGACAGCGAAUGCUUGCGGGCAUUUUACCGGCGGGAUUCUCUACGGCGGCACCAGCGCUUAAUACACACGCUGCAAAAAAAAUUCUCGCGGCCAAAGGAGAAAUCCAUUAGACACCAUGAUGGAAGUGGGCGGAGACGCUUGGCCUGA